AUGCCGCAGAUUCUGGAAAGUUCUGAUCAGUGCGAUAAAUACGGCUGAGGAGUUGAGCCCUCCCCUUUUGGGUCGGUAGUUGGGCGCCAAUCGUGGAGUGAUCCUCUGCAGAUCCGGGAAGUCACUGGAACGGCCAGAGGAGAUACGGCGCUGCCUGCCUCUGGGUGAGCCUUCUGUGAACCACCACUGUCCCCGAGAAGCCGCCCGGGCGCCCGAGUGACAGAGGGCCGGCCGGACCCUGUGAGAGCCGCGCGCAGCGGCGGGAAGACGCGAGCCCAGACCAGAGGCGGAGGCGCACCGCGAACUAGUCAUGUCGGUGGUAGGGCUGGACGUGGGUUCCCAGAGCUGCUAUAUCGCGGUGGCCCGGGCCGGGGGCAUUGAAACCAUCGCAAACGAAUUCAGCGACCGGUGCACCCCGUCAGUCAUAUCAUUUGGAUCAAAAAACAGAACGAUUGGAGUUGCAGCCAAAAAUCAGCAAAUCACUCAUGCAAACAAUACAGUGUCAAACUUCAAGAGGUUUCACGGUCGAGCAUUCAAUGACCCCUUCAUUCAAAAAGAGAAGGAAAACCUAAGUUAUGAUUUGGUUCCAAUGAAAAAUGGUGGAGUUGGAAUAAAGGUAAUGUACAUGGAUGAAGAACACCUGUUUAGUGUGGAACAGAUAACAGCCAUGCUGUUGACUAAGUUAAAGGAAACUGCUGAAAACAACCUCAAGAAACCAGUAACAGAUUGUGUUAUUUCAGUCCCUUCUUUCUUCACAGAUGCUGAGAGACGAUCUGUAUUAGAUGCCGCACAAAUUGUUGGCCUAAACUGCUUAAGACUCAUGAAUGAUAUGACAGCUGUUGCUUUGAAUUAUGGAAUUUAUAAGCAGGAUCUCCCAAGCCUUGAUGAGAAACCUCGGAUAGUGGUUUUCGUUGAUAUGGGACACUCAGCUUUUCAGGUGUCUGCCUGUGCUUUUAACAAGGGAAAAUUGAAGGUACUGGGAGCAGCUUUUGAUCCUUUCUUAGGAGGAAAAAAUUUUGAUGAGAAGUUAGUAGACCAUUUUUGUGCAGAAUUUAAAACUAAGUACAAAUUAGAUGCAAAAUCCAAAAUUCGAGCUCUUCUUCGUCUUUAUCAAGAAUGUGAGAAGUUGAAAAAGCUAAUGAGCUCAAACAGCACAGACCUGCCACUGAGCAUUGAGUGCUUCAUGAAUGACCAGGAUGUGUCAGGAAAGAUGAACAGGGCACAGUUUGAAGAACUCUGUGCUGAACUUCUGCAAAGGAUAGAAUUUCCUCUUUAUUCACUAAUGGAACAGACGCAGCUUAAAGUAGAAGAUGUGAAUGCUGUUGAGAUCGUUGGAGGAGCUACACGAAUUCCAGCUGUGAAAGAAAAAAUUGUCAAAUUCUUUGGAAAAGAUGUUAGCACAACGCUCAAUGCAGAUGAAGCAGUUGCCAGAGGCUGUGCACUGCAGUGUGCAAUCCUGUCCCCAGCGUUUAAAGUUAGAGAGUUUUCUGUCACGGAUGCAGUUUCUUUUCCAAUAUCUCUUGUGUGGAGCCACGAUUCAGAAGACACUGAAGGUGUUCACGAGGUGUUCAGUCGGAACCAUGCUGCCCCCUUCUCCAAAGUUCUCACCUUCUUGAGAAGCGGACCUUUUGAGCUGGAAGCUUUCUAUUCUGAUCCUCAAGGAGUUCCAUAUCCAGAAGCAAAAAUAGGCCGCUUCAUAGUUCAAAAUAUUUCUGCACAGAAAGAUGGAGAAAAAUCGAGAGUAAAAGUGAAAGUGCGAGUCAACACGCAUGGCAUUUUCACCAUCUCCACAGCGUCGAUGGUGGAGAAAGUGCCUGCCGAGGACAGAGCCCCGCCUUCUGUGGAAGCAGACAUGGAGUGUCAGAGCCAGAGGCCACCAGAAAACCCAGACACUGAGAAAAAUGUCCAGCAAGACAGCAGUGAAGCUGGAACACAGCCCCAGGUACAAACUGAUGGUCAACAGACCUCACAGUCUGCCCCUUCACCUGAACUUACCUCAGAAGAGAACAAAACCCCAGAUGCUGACAAAGCAAACGAAAAGAAAGUUGACCAGCCUCCAGAAGCUAAAAAACCCAAAAUCAAGGUGGUGAAUGUGGAGCUGCCUGUUGAGGCUAACUUGGUGUGGCAGCUGGGAAGAGACCUGCUUAACAUGUACAUUGAAACAGAGGGUAAGAUGAUAAUGCAGGAUAAAUUGGAGAAGGAAAGAAAUGAUGCUAAAAAUGCAGUGGAGGAAUAUGUGUAUGAGUUCCGGGAUAAGCUGUGUGGACCAUAUGAAAAAUUCAUCUGUGAGCAGGACCAUCAAAAAUUUUUGAGACUGCUCACAGAGACUGAGGACUGGCUGUAUGAGGAAGGAGAGGACCAAGCAAAACAAGCCUAUGUGGACAAAUUGGAAGAAUUAAUGAAAAUUGGCACUCCAAUUAAAGUUCGAUUUCAAGAAGCUGAGGAACGGCCAAAAAUGUUUGAAGAACUAGGACAGAGGCUACAGCACUAUGUCAAGAUAGCAGCUGACUUCAGAAAUAAUGAUGAGAAAUACAACCAUAUUGAUGAGUCUGAAAUGAAGAAGGUUGAGAAGUCUGUGAAUGAAGUGAUGGAGUGGAUGAAUAAUGUCAUGAAUGCCCAGGCUACAAAGAGUCUUGAUCAGGAUCCAGUUGUACGUUCUCAGGAAAUUAAAGCAAAAAUAAAGGAGUUGAAUAACACCUGUGAACCUGUCGUAACACAACCCAAACCAAAAAUUGAAUCACCAAAACUGGAAAGAACUCCAAAUGGCCCAAAUACUGAUAAUAAAAAAGAUGAUUUAGAUCAAGGCAAAAAUAAUUUCGGUGCUGAACCUUCACAUCAGAAUGGUGAAUGUUACCCUAAUGAGAAGAGUUCCAUUAACAUGGACUUGGACUAGAUAACGUUAAAUUGGCUUUGUCCUUCAAUUAAUAAAAUUUUCGCCAUAGUACGUGACUCUACGUAACAUACUGAGACUAUUUAUAUUUUCUUUUUUAAGGAUGUUUAGAACUUUGUGUAGUAUAUGGAAAAAGAAAAAGCUUAAGUCUGUGGUCUUUAUGAUCCUAAAAGGGAAAAUUGCCUUGGUAACUUUCAGAUUCCUGUGGAAUUGUGAAUUCAUACUAAGCUUCUGUGCAGUAUUACCAUUUGCAUCAGUGAAGAUGAAAUUGACUUGUCUUUUGAAGAAGCUAAAACAAACUGUACUGCUUGCUUGUCAAGAGGGCUGUGGGUAAAAUUUGUUCCUGCCAAGGUAGUUUUCUUGCAUCUUGCUCUCCAUUUCAGCAUGUGUGUGGAUCUUUAUAAACAAGACAGUGGGAUUUCACAAGGGCUUUCUAAAAUUCUGUCCAAUAGAAGAUGAUUUUUUGCUUUGAUAUUAAAAUUUAUUGAGUAAUGCAAAUGCUAGUGAAAUGUGUUAGCAGCAUGCAGAACAAAUCUUUCAGAUAUCUCAUCAUUACACAGUGCACUGUUGUGAAGAUGUCAAGCAGAAGAAAUGUGGGUUCUUUGUGUCCCUGGUGUUGUGAAGUCUUUUAUGAGCUUUAAAAUAAAGUUCAUCUUAUGGUGUCA